AUGUCUGUAGAGGAAUCGAAGGCCAGUAUCGAGAGCAAGGCGGAGGAGGUCCGUCGUGAGGAUGGCUCUGUCGGCGCCGUGGACGAGAAGCAUCCGGUCGGCGUAUACGAGAUGGAGAAUGGCUCGCUCAUCGACAUAUAUUCGUACCACGAGCAGCGCGCGGGGAGUCUCGUUGUCACCCCAGAGGAGGCGAAGAUUGAAUUCGGCGAGGCUGUCGCGUCGCGUCUCAAACUCUCACGCGACGGCAACACGAUCUUGUGGCCCCAGCCGACGGAGGACCCCGAGGAUCCUCUCAACUGGAGUUCUCGGCGUAAGAUGCUGCAGAUGAUCAUCAUCACGCUCGCGGCCAUAGUGCCCGACUUCCAGAGCGCAACAGGUAUACCCGCCAUCUUCCCCCUUGCGAACCAAUUCAAUACGACUACUGGGGAGAUCAACAACUUGACUUCCAACUGGAGCAUCUUUCUGCUUGGAUGGGGAAGUCUUUUCGCCGUCAUGCUCAUGCGUCGUUAUGGCCGUCUGCCUGUUCUAUUCUGGUCACAAGUCUUUGGUCUCGGUUUCAAUAUUGGGGCGACUUUUGCGCCCACUUUGGCUGUUUUCGCUGGCAUGCGGUGUCUUAAUGGCUUCUUCGCGACCGCACCGCAAGUUACUGGUCUUUACAUCGUCACAGAUAUGUACCCUUUCCAUCUGCAGGCCAGGAUGCUGAACAUCUGGACUAUGGGUUUCAUCAUCUCGCCUUUCCUAUCACCCUUCCUAUUCGGCUUCUUGAUCGCGAAUGCAAGCUGGAGAUGGGCGUACGGCAUUGCCUCCAUCUACGGCGCCCUUGUUCUCGCUCUUAUCGCUUCCUUUGGAGAAGAGACGAUAUACGACCGCACUGUGAAGCCCAUCCCCGCACGCCCGAAGCCGACCUUGCGGUGGCGUAUUGAAACUCUACUGGGUAUCACCGGAAGGCGCAUGGCGAAAUACCGCAUGAGACUGGCUGAUGCGUUCCUCGAACCAAUCAAACUCGUUUGGCGCCCACAGAUCCUCGGCAUUCUCAUCUUUGAGGCGGCUCUCUUUGGUUUCAGCAUCGGAAUCAAUGUGACGCUUGUUGUCUUCCUCGGAAAUCCUAUAGCGGAAGGCGGCUUCGGCUGGUCCCAGAUAGCGAUUGCUGGAGGCUACGCUACACCGAUGAUUGCCGUGCUACUCGGAGAGAUCUUUGGACGAUACGUGAACGACUGGAUAGCUGCUACGUUCAUUCGUAAACACCACGGCGUAUUCGAACCCGAAGCUCGUCUGUGGGCCGUCUACAUCGCAAUUCCGCUCAAUAUAUGCGGAUUCGUCGUUCUAGGCGCCGCUCUGCAAAAUCACCUGUCAGCCGGCGCGCUGAUCAUGGGCUGGGGUAUCGCCGAGUUCUCCGUCAUGAUCGGCACCGUCGCUGUCUAUGCUUAUAUGAAUGACUGUUUCCCGCGCAACCGAGGCGAGGUUUCCGCUCUCGUCAAUCUUGCUCGUACGCUCGGAGGCUUUGCCGUGCCAUUCUUCCAGCUCCCAUGGGCGACAAGUCACGGCGCUUUGCAGUCGUUUGGAUGCGAGGCCGCUAUCACAGCAGGUUUAUUCCUCAUAUUUGUACCAUUUACGCAGUUCAAGGGCCGCGAGCUCCGGCGGCGGUUCUCCAUGUAG